GGGCCAUCGGCUUCCCCUGUGGUAUCCUCUUCUUCGUCCUCACCAAGCAGGAAGUGGACAAGAACCGUUUGAAGCAGAUGAAGGCUCGGCAGAACAUGCGGGUGUCCAACACGGGCGAGUAUGAGAGCCAGAGGUUCAGGGCUUCCUCCCAGCAAGCCCAGGUCCCUGAAGUUGGGUCUGGGGUACAGAACUGAGUGAGGACCACUGCAGCCUUGCACUAGACUGUUGACUGGAGUCCUGUGUGGCUAAUUGUGGUCAUUUCCCCAGCGGCCCACCAGAGGGCGCAUGAUGCUCAAGCUGCCCCAAGCGCCCACCUCUUCCGCACAGAGGAACCAGCCAAAGGCAAAUAAAGUUAUUAAGUACUGGCA